AACAGUAAAUAGCAGUGAAACGCUCUCUCAAGGUCAAGAAUCCACUGAGCCAAAAGCACUGCAGCAGUCCCCAAGUCGUCGCUAAGUUUGACAAAGAUGGCCGUGCCUUCUUUAACCCGUCGACCCUCUCUCAUUUCCUCUCUUUUCUUCUCAAAUCCCGUCCCAUCCAAACCUUGUUUUCCUUUUUCCUGCUAAAUCCACCCCCCAUUCACACACCCUUUUCCAAUUUCCCCAAAAAAUUAUUGAGUAUUUAUUUAUAUAAAUCGUAUGGUGCACUAGCUUUUUUGUUGACUCUGGAAGUCUUCGUCUUUGUGGAAAAAGAAGGAAGCUUUGUGGAUUCAAGAACCCCUCUCUGGGCUCUUCUAUUCAUCUGUGUUUUCUGCAAGUGAAUAAUCUCAGGGCUUGGUGUUACUAAUGCUGUGGUGUGGAUUCAGUAUAUUGAGCUCUGGUAACAAUAAAUAGCGAAUUUAGGCGAUUUUUGAUGGCUUUUUCGAUGUAUAUGUUGUUGAAUGGACGAGAUCCUGGUAUUUUCUUUGGUGGUGUGGUCUGGUUAUUGCUUAGUUGUAGUUUCAGCUUUGCUGUUGAGAGUGAUAUAAACUGCUUGAAAAGUCUAAAAGCAUCGCUUCAGGAUCCUUUAGGCUACUUAAACUCAUCAUGGGAUUUCAACAAUAAGACCGAAGGUUUCAUCUGUAACUUUCUGGGAAUCGAGUGUUGGCACCCUCAUGAAAGCAAAGUUUUAAAUAUCAAGCUUUCGGAUUUGGGACUCAAGGGCCCGUUUCCUCGGAGUGUAGCAAAUUGCACAAGCUUAACAGGAUUAGAUCUUUCGAGCAACAAGCUCAGUGGACCUCUUCCUGAAGAUAUUGGUAGAAUUAUUUCGUUCAUUACAACUCUUGAUCUUUCAUCUAACAGCUUCUCAGGGCAUAUCCCAACGAAUCUUUCCAAUUGUAGCUAUUUGAAUGUGCUUAAGCUUGACAGCAACCAGUUGAACGGUAGCAUCCCUCUACAGCUUGGUCAGCUCGGUAGGAUUAAAUCAUUUAGCGUGGCAAACAAUCAGCUGUCUGGCCAAGUCCCAAACUUUGGUAACAAUAGUGCAGUUACACUAGAAAGUUACGCAAACAAUGCUGGACUUUGUGGGAAGCCUCUUGAUCUGUGCCGGGGAGUUAAAAAGAAGUCUAACAGUGUAAUUAUUGUGGCAGCUGGUGUUGGUGGUGCAACGUUUGCAGCACUAAUUGUGGUUAUUUCCUUGUUGUUCUUUGUGCGUAGAGUGUCUGCAAGGAAGAAGGAAGAGGACCCUGAAGGGAACAAGUGGGCUAAGAGUUUGAAGAAAACGAAAGCCAUCAAGGUUUCCAUGUUUGAGAAGUCGAUUUCUAAAAUGAAGCUGAGUGAUCUCAUGAGGGCCAGCAACAGUUUCUGCAAAGAUAAUAUCAUUGGGACAGGAAGAACUGGAACGAUGUACAAAGCAGUGCUCGAUGAUGGCACUCCACUUAUGGUCAAGAGGUUGCAGGAAUCUCAACAUUCUGAGAAAGAAUUUCUGUCUGAGAUGGCUACUUUGGGAAAUAUAGGGCACCGUAAUUUGGUUCCUCUUUUAGGGUUUUGCACAGCAAAGAGGGAAAGACUUUUGGUCUAUAGGUACAUGCCUAAUGGUACCCUCCACGAUCAGCUACAUCCUGCAGAUGCUGAAGGUGCAAAGAUUAUGGACUGGCCAACUAGGCUAAAAAUUGGGAUAGGGGCAGCCAGAGGAUUAGCAUGGCUCCACCAUAACUGCAAUCCUCGAAUUAUCCACCGGAACAUAAGCUCCAAAUGCAUCUUACUGGAUGCAGAUUUUGAGCCCAGAAUAUCUGAAUUUGGACUAGCUAGGCUCAUGAAUCCAAUUGAUACACAUUUGAGUACGUUUGUGAAUGGGGAGUUUGGGGAUCUCGGAUAUGUUGCUCCUGAGUAUACACGAACUCUAGUGGCCACUCCAAAGGGAGAUGUUUACAGUUUCGGAACUGUACUUCUUGAGUUGGUGACCGGUGAGAGAGCUACCCACAUUUCUAAAGCCCCUGAAGACUUCAAGGGAAAUUUGGUGGAAUGGAUUACACAGCUGUCAGGCAAAUCUCAACUCCAGGAUGCGCUCGACAAAUCUUUGGUUGGGAAGGGUGUGAAUGAGGAGCUUUUCCAGUUUCUUAAAGUUGCGUGCAACUGUGUGGGGCCUAUUGCUAAGGAGAGGCCUACUAUGUUUGAAGUGUACCAGCUUCUAAGGGCCAUAGGGGAGAAAUAUAACUUCACAAUCGAAGACGACAUGCUGAUGCCAACAGACAAUGGUGAUGGUGAUGGUAAUGGCGAACUUAUUGUUGCUCGAGAGAUGAUUGAGAUGACCUGAAAAAGGUAAGAGUAUAUUAGUAUAUGGCCAGUACCCUUAUGUAAUUAUCUGUUUUUGUGUACUGCAAUAAGCAUUAUUUACAUAUAUGGUUAUGCUUUAGUUAACGUUUGGACCUGCUUUCUUCGACAUACAAAUGUAUAAUCGUCAUGUUAGAAGCUUUUAAUGUGUAAUGCGAGUCCCUUAUAACGCAACUUGUUUAAUAUUCUUCAUUAGAACAACCUUUCAGUAAAUUUGUGAGGUGUGUAGUUGCAUUUGUAUUGAAUGUAUUCUUUCCUAUAGAAGGAAGACGACACCAAGAUUCUGUUCUUCA